ACAUUGAAUUAACAAAAGAUGGUUUAAAUGUUACUGACUUCUCCUGUCAGUGGUCAUAAUGUUGUGGCUGAUGCCACCAGAGUAUUGUAGUCCAGUGAUUCUCAACCGGGGGUUCGCGGACCCCCUAGCGGUCAGUGAAAAUAAUAUCCUUUAAAAAAAAGAUCAUGUGGCUGAGACCUUUAUCUACCUGAACCACAGCAGGUACCAGCUCAUAUAGACCUACAGAGUAAUUCACUGUAUUUUAUUAAAACAUCUGACUCCCGGGUUUCAUAGUUUAAAGUUACUGCAUGAUGCACUUAAUACAAAAUUAACACAAACUGCACCCAUUUGAUAUUAUGAGGCCCCUACUGUUUCAGUGUGCAUGCACCGUUCAUUCCUUAAUAAUGUUCUCAUUGUGGAACAUCUGCAGGGAGGUUUUGUGGAAAACUCAUUAACGCGCAUGUUCAGGUUAGCGCUGAAUGAAGCUAAGCUAAUUUCCUGAGGGUUGGGGUGUGUCCACUGGAUGGAUGAAAAUACGUAGGACCCCAGGAAGGCUGAGAACCACUGUUGUAGUACAUGACAAUGAACAUUAGUUACUGAAUAUUUCUCUUUUUUUCUGGAGGGUCCUGCUGCGCAUCACACUGAGGUGUUUCCCUUUAAAUCGAUCCGACGUAACGUGACGCAGACGCUUCCGUGCGUGUACCCUUGUUCCUCUCCUCCUCUCCUCACGCUGCAUCCAUCCAGCGCGCUCCUCCUGCAUCCCCUUUGGCCUGGUCCCCUCCUCCUCCUCCUCCUCCUCCUCCUCCUCUCCUCUCUCCUCCGCUUCCUCCCCGGGUGUGUGUGAGAGCCAGGAUCGCCGCUCCAUCAGGCGGAGGGGCGGGUUGGCUCUUGGAGACGAACCGCAGGGAGACGAUGAAUCUGGAGGCGAUUCAACCUUGAGAGGAGCGACAGGGGCCGCAGGUAAGCGAGGCGGGGUUUACUCAGAGCAGCUCCCAGCUGUUUUGUUGUUGUUGUUGUUUUUUUUUUGUGCGGAGGAUCUGAUCGCGUCCGUGGAGCGGGGAGAGCGUCAGUGACCGGAGCCGGUGGCUGAACGGAGUGCAGGUUGUUUGCAGCUCUGUCUACGAAGGUCCGUGUAUUUCCUGAUUAUUUUUGGUGCAGCUGAUGGAGGCUGAUGGAGGGAUGCUGCGCAGUGCGCUCCGGCAGAUGUUUGCGCGCCUCGUCAUCCCGUGCGCCCUGCGCUUUAGAGUGUGAGUCCGUCCCCGAGGGGGGGCCUUUUGGCGUCAGAUGGAAGCUUCCCACCGGUGCCAGCGUCACAACAAACGAGAGCUUUUUUCCUGAGGCUAUUUUCGUUUCCUUUUUCCUGCUGAACGCGUCUUCGGACGCUUCCCCGCCCGCUGGUCAUGCGUGAAGAACCAGCCCGCGGUGCCUCAGACCCAAAACUCUCAGUGUUGAGCUGAAGAAGGCCGGGAAAAAAAGACGUGAGGAUACACGAGAGGCUGUGUGGCUCCAUGUCUGCCCCUGCUCCGGCCAAUCGGAGGUCUACGUCGGGCUCUCGCCGAUUCAACCCUUUGAAGGCGCUGCAGCCCAAACGGCGCUUGCAGCAAAUUCUGUCUUCCUCCUCGCCGGCGCCGGUGCCGGCGUCCAAGCCGGCGUCGGCUUCCGGGACGGCCGCGCCGGCAGCCACGUCGCCCGUGGCCAUUCCCGUGCCCAAGCCCCCUGCGUUUGAUUACUGCAGGUUCAUAGAGCUAGACUACGUUCCCAUGGAGACGGGCUAUAUGGUCUCAAUGCGUCCGACUAAAGGCUACGCUUCGAACAAGUCGCCGACUAAGGGAUACACUUCCACCAAGUCUCCGGACCGGCACAGCCGCUCUGCAAACUCUCCCUCCACCCCUCGUUGCCGGCGGACCCCAGCCGCACCCAGCAAUAGAGAUCCCUAUGGCAACGCCUCCCUCAGCAGCGGCAGCAACUCAGGCUCUUGCAAAGGCAGCGACUGCAGCCCCACCAAAGGACGUCACCAAAAGUACACAUCAUGUACAGACAACCAUGGCAUCCGGCCCCCUCCGCCAGAGCAGUACCUCACUCCCCUGCAGCAGAAGGAGGUGUGUAUUCGGCACCUGCGGGCCAGGCUAAAAGAAACCAUCAGCACCCUGCAACACAGGGACACAGAGAUUGAUGAGCUGAGGGGCCAGCUCUACCGGAUGCAGGAGGACUGGGUUGAGGAGGAGUGUCACCGCGUGGAGGCCCAACUGGCCCUGAAGGAGGCGCGACAGGAGAUCCAGCAGCUCAAACAGGCUGUGGACACUGUUCGUGCCAGGCUCAGUGAUGCCGGGGGCCUCAGCGGGGACAUAGGGGUUCAGAAGUACUUCCAGGACAUCAACGCUCAGAACCACAAGCUUGAAAACCUUUUGCUCAACAUGGAAUUAGCCCAGGCCGGAUUAGCCAAGGAGGGGGAAGCCAUAGCAAGCUGUCGAGGCCGUGUUGGGGGAUCCGCACCGGCAUCGGUUUCAGGGGAAAGUCCUGGGGUAGUACCCAAAUUGACAAUAGGAGGGAGGGGGUCUUGCUCUUGCGAUGGUUCCCCAGCUCGUUCUCUGACUCGGAGCUCCACCUACACCAAACUUAGCGAUCAGGCGUUGGCAGACCGUAACGGGAACGGGACAGACUUUCCUUGUCUGUCGGGGGACGGCACCCAGGACAGUGGCUUUGUUUGCUGUGGGGAGAGUAGCGUCCCCAGCCGGGCCGACCUGCUGCUGGAGGCCGCCUUCCUGUCCGAGGAAACGGCAUCUUUACUCAACUCCUACACGCAGACCUUCUCCCAUUCUUUACCCCACUCUCUGCCCAACUCUUUAACCCACUCUCUGCCCACCUCUCUGCCCAACUCUUUGCCCAACUCUUUGCCUCACACUUUCUCCCACACUUUACCCCAUUCUUUCCCUCACAAUUUGUCCCACUCUUUGCCACACACUUUGCCGCACUCUUCCACCUAUGAGAAGCUGUGCACGGGUGAACGGAUGGCACCUUUCCGUUGCGGUAUGGGUGGAGUGAGCUGCAUGAGCCACCCAUGCCUAUCCCACCACCAUUUAUACCUUCACCCCUUGAAGGAGACAGGGAUCCAGACCGAGAGCUGCCCGAUCCCUGCAGCGGCAGCAUACCCCUCCGAUCUGGAUACAAUUGCAGAGCAACGCACUUUCCGCUCCCAAGCCUGCAGCCCCACCUCCACUUGGAUGUCUGAUGGGGAGGAGGAGCUGGACUCCAUUACUACCACGACCUCAGUGACCACAGCAACAGUCAUGAGUACAGCCACGGAGCCCAUCCCGGUUUCCAAAACACCACCGGUUCAUCCUCUACCCCGGUCUGCCACUGUGUCGUGUUCCAUGGAGAUUCCUUUGUGUGGGGGGAAAGAAGGAGGGGAGGAAGAGGAAAAGCAAGAAAAUGAGAACAGAGAGAAGGAAGUAUUUGCAGUGGAGGAACAAGAAGUGCACUCAGUGGUAAUGAAGGAGAUGGAGGGUCAGGAAGCUACGGAGGAGACAGCUCAAGAAAAGCAAUUGUGCAAUUUAACGGAGACACCAGCAGAGGCUCAGGAUGAGCUAAAGAUUGGAGGAGGCUGUGAUGAGGACAUUCAGGGUGAGAUAACUCCUCAACACCUCACAGAGGAGAAUAGGCAGCUGGAGGUUGACCUAUUCAUGGGAUCAGCCCACACAGAGACAACAGAGCAAAGUCCAAGUCAGUCGGCAUUAACUCCUCCAGGCCUAGAACAGCCUCACACGUCCCAACCGAGGAAGUCUACUUCCCAUGAGGAGAUAGCUGGUGUCACAGUGGUGGAGGUGCACGACGAGGACGAUGAGGAUGGGACUAAAGAACCAGGCGCCACGGGGGAUGCUGCAGCAGAGGAUUCAUCUGACUCUGGGACAAUUCAGAAAAGCUACUGGAGUCGUCACUUCCUGGUUGAUCUGCUUGCGGUGGCCAUCCCUGUGGUGCCAACAGUGGCGUGGCUGUGUCGCGGUCCAGUCCGUGGAGGGCAGCCCAUGUAUCAUAUAGGGUCGCUGCUGAGAGGCUGUUGCACUGUGGCGCUACACUCACUGCGCAGGGGAGGUGGGUUGAGGCAUUACCCCGCUGGCGGGGGAGACUUGGGGGGAUCACAGAUAUGAGAGGAAAACCUGCUCGGCAGCUCUGUGGUUCUUCAGCGUGACCUCUCCUAUUAUGGGUCUGGCCUUUUGGCAGAUAUAUGUAGUGCGAGGGAAGGAAGAGAACAUAAAUAACUUCCUGUCCUGCGGUUCUCGUCAAGGGUCGUAGCUGAGGAGAGUUCAAGAAACAGGAAAUGUGUAUUUAGGACUAAGAUCUCUCUGGUUUUCUGUUUGGUCCUGUUCCCCGAUGUCUCCUGCCCAAAAGUCCUUGCUGUCGCUACCAAGAUGUCCGCCAACACCACUGACUUGUGCAAAACUGAAUGAGCUGAUCGACAUGAAUGAUCCACGCUUGGAUGUUUAACGCUGAUUGUUUAUUUUGUUCUCAAUUGCAGGGAAAAAGAUUCAUUGGUCCGUCAAUUCUGCCACGUUCAAAUGAUCGUGUGUUAAUCACGUGUGUGUACAUGAAAUACAAUAUAUGUAGUGAUGUAUAGCCCAUGUUGCAUCAAGCUACUCCCCAACUCACCAUCGACUGAGGGAAAAAAGUUGAGAAUUUGUCUGGUCCCAUUGGGGACAUUUUGGGCUUUUUAUUGAUCUUUGACAAUAUUUAAGCCCGAAAACAUGGAGAUUGUCUGAUUUUAAGAUAAAGAGUCAGAACUCAGGAAGGUUUUUAAGGGUGCAAAUACAGGGAACUCCAGGAAGGACAGACAGAAUGCAUUGUAGCCAUCUCCCAAUCUACAGCCAAUUAUAUUAGAGUCUCUUAAGUAUCAAAAGUAUAUCUGGAAAGAAAACACAUCAAGUAUAUUCAGUGCCGCAGGGUUUUCUGCAUUUUUGCAUAAAAAUUACUCAAAACAUCUGCAGAUUUUCACACAGGUUGUGAAAGUAGACAAAGAGAAGCCAAUGAGUUGCAAAUGUAUGUGCAACAUAAAUUUCGUUGCUUGCAUUUGGAGUGAUGUUUGUUUGACCACUCCUGUGGAGGGGAACAAUCAUCUUCAGUCUGUCUGACUGUGGAUUAUUUGAUUCCAAACUCUUUAGGGAUGGUUUUAAGGAUUUUUUUCCAGCCUGAGCAGCAACAACAACUCUUUUCUGACCUCCUCACAAAGCUCCUUUGUCUGUCAUCAUACACUUCCACAAACAUGUGAAGCUCAGACUGGGACAAAUCCCUGAUUUAUUUCAACUAACUGUUGAUUGACACUGAUUAGAAACACUCAUAGAGGUGCAUACUUUUGCAACACACACAUAUGUAAUAUUUGUUUUUAAGCAGAAAUGUAGAAAAUUCUAAACAGUGUAAAUAGUUUUUUAUGUCCUGUGCUGAGCCUCGUGGUGUGAUUAGCCAGGCUUCUAUUUGGGUAAAUUGAACUGAACAUAUGGUGCUUGCACCUCCUGUCUGAACCUGAUAAAAAGCUUAAUAGAACCAAACCCACCCAGCAGUUUAGGCUCAGUUGAACUUGUCGAGUCAGACACAAACUUUACUGCUGGUUCACUGGUGUCUCUGUUAAUCCCAGAUAGACAGUGUAGUGACUUAGGCAGAUUUUAGCCCUGAACGUUUCAUCUGUGGCAUAUUUAAACAUUGCCGCAAGUUUUUGCAAGAGCAACUGUUGUUUGACCUUUAGUCUGUUAGGUCACAACACCUUCGAACACCAAAUUAUUGCGACAAUCGUGAUGUAAACGACUGAAUAACUUUGGCUGCAAGAUUUAAAUUUUCUGAAGUUUUUUUCUUCUCACAGUUGCAUGGUGGGAAUGAAAGGGUGCAGGCUCCGACUAAUUUAUCCCUCAGUUAUCUGCAUGCUGGAUCGUCGCGUAUGUUUCGCGUAGCAGUCUUGCAGUGCCAUGCAGUGAGACUUUAUGAGCAUAUGAAGAUGUAGUUUCACUUCUCUUUGGUCUGUGCACAAACACAAGUGUCAGAAAAAGUUGCAGGUUUAUGGAAAGACAUUUACUAGUUAUAGCAAAGUUAGCAGAUUUAUUCAAAUUUAAAUGCAUUUCCAAGAACUAAUCCUCUCAUACAUGUUCAUCGGGGCCUUUAUUCUUGGGUGCCAGGCCACCAGGGGGAGUCAUUUUUUCUAUUUUCUGUAUUCGUUAGUCCUCGUGUCCUAAAGACUGCACAUGAAGCAAACUCACUUGAACUCACUGAAUAUCUGAAUAUAACCGAGCUCGGUUUGUUUUACUUCCUUUUCACACGCAACGCACCAAGACAAUAUCCUGAUGGGAGUCGUGUCGCAUUCAGAUUCUAUGUAGAUACUCACUUGCUCAGUUUGACACUCGAUGUAGAUCUGAAUGAAGUGAGUUGUGCUCAGUCUGUGAUCUGUGCUGUAUAUUUCUGCUGAACCUAAUGCUCUUUUUGGUGUAGUUUUAAACCGUCACUCUGGUCGUGUGUGUGUAUGUAUCAAGUCCAUUGUACGAGAGUUAACCAGUCACUGCAGAUAAUUUGACUUAUUUGGUAUCGGUAAGGUCGUCUAGGUUAUAAUCACCUAGGAACAGGUUAGUUUUUUCUUUCCAGUUUGAAGAUCUUGUGCAGACGUUAGACUGUGUGUAGCUUGGGACCUACAUCAACUUCCCUGUCUACAGUUUUUUAUUUUUUAUUUUUUUAUGGUGGAAAGUUGAAAAACCAAUUCAAUCAAAUAGUUUGGGCGGAUUUUAUGAGGCGAUGGACAGAAGAGUAGUCAUGCACGUCAACAACAUGGCUCUGAAUGUGGCUAGGUCAGAUUAGCAAAUCAUGGAAGGAUUAUUGAACAAAAAAAAAAGAAGCAACACUACAACAUGAAAAUGCAGUGGCCCAAAUACGGAAUGAAUGAUGAAAAAAGAUGCAAGAGCAACAGAAAACAGAGUGAUACAGAACGACGAUCACUUCAAAGAGAUGCAUAAAAAUAAAGAGCAACUUCAAGGAGACACAAAAGACUUGCAAAGAGAAGCCGAUGACUGCAGAAAUAAAAUGCCUUCAAUUAUAAGUAGAAGGACUUCAGACGCACAAAACGAAGCGACGAUGCUACAAAGAGAUGCAAAACGCCAACGAAACGAUGUUAAAGUGACGCCACAAUGACUGCAAAGCAACUGUUAAGAUGUAAAACCAGCAAAAAGCAAACAAACUACAAUCCAGACACAAAGCCGCUUUCAGCUUGUGUUUUAAGAGCGUGUGGGUGGACUUUUCAUGUGCCCCGGCCCCCGCAGUCUCAUAAUCCUUCCAUGAUGUGCAA